UUGUGGAAACUUCUUUGCAUUAUUUCCAAUCUUUUAUUUGACCAUGCCUUGCAUGAUCCGUUCACCAUAAAGAAAAAAAGAAUGCCUUAAAUAGCUCUCAAAUUCACACACGAAACCAAGAAAUAAAACAAGAAUACAUUCAUUUGAAUUGUAUUUUGAAUGCUCAAUCAAAACAAUGUUUUGUGGGAACUUCUCUCAUGGGUAUGAUGAUGAUCCAUGGUCACUUGGGUCCCCAAAGAGAUCAAGAAAAAGAGAAAAGAACCCAUAUUCAAAUCGCGGUCUCGACAAGUUCUCGUCGGUCUUGGCGGAUCUUGAAGCAAGGAGGGAGAAGAUCAUGGCUCAGAUUGGCGAAGUAUCGCUCAUCCGGUUCAUGUACUCGAACUCGCACGACUGGGUCCCCAUCGUUGUGAGGUUGAGGGAUCCAAAGCUGAUGAAAACCAAGAUCACCAAUAGCAAAGAUCAGCCGUCGCAACAAAAUUUGGAAGCCGUCGCGAAAUCUACAAUUGGGUCUGUGGGAGCAAAGGAAGGCGGGCCAGAGGCAUCGACGUCGAAUGGGAAGAUGAAGAAGACCUUCUCAUGGAGUUUGAAUAAUGGCGGUGGGCUUUCUUCGAAGUGGAGAUCUAAUUACUAUUGGCCUAUGGCCUUGAUUUUGAUUUUGUUGUGUUUGUUGAUGUUUGGCCGUUCGUUCGCGAUCCUUUGCACUUCUAUAUGGUGGUACUUGGUCCCUACUUUGAAGGGUGGGGAUGUGAAUGCAAGGAGAUCAAGGAAGGACUAUGUGAGAAGGUUGAGUGAAAAGAGGUUGGGUGGGGAUGUGAAAUCUCCUGCACCUAAGAUGGGGGCCAUGGAAGUUUCAUCACCAAGACACCAUGUAAAUGGAAGAAAGUAAGGAUGGCCACAAUCGCGAUGAUGAACGGUUGAUAGUUCUUUUCCUUUUCCUUUUAUUUCUUUCGUUUUUUUUUGUUGUUUUUUUUUUUUUCUUUUUUUGCAUUUUUGUUGACAUGUUCAAGAAUGUAAAUUUUUGUAAGUUGUGAGAGGUUGGAGAAUCAAUCUAUUGACAUGUUCAUCCA